AAAUGAGAUUGCUCACCUAAGUUGAUAAAUCUAGCUCUAUAGUUUUAAACAUAGGACAGCAGAAAACGGUAAAGCCAACUUCUUCGACCCGUUUUUAUUAAGCUAAAUAAGACUGAACAAUAUUACCUAUCAAGAAUAAUAGGUACAAUAACUGUAAACUAAUCUACCUAAAUGUUAAGUAUGAAGAUAUUUUAUGGUUUAGUUUUAGUGAUAGUUUCACAGUUUAUGAAAGCUGAUCUUUUGAUAAUAGAAGAAUGCACUCGAAUUGACAACUUUGAUGAAACUAUUUUAAGCAAGUUAAGCAAAGUGGUAGUUCCAGAGUUAAAUGGGAAAAGAAAAGGUGAAGCUGGAAAAAUUGCUGUAGUUGGUGGGUCGAAGGAAUAUACUGGUGCACCAUAUUUUGCAGCUAUAUCUGCUUUGAAGGUUGGUGCAGAUUUGGUUUAUGUAAUUACCACAGAAAAUGCUGCACCGGUAAUUAAAUCAUAUAGUCCAGAUCUAAUUGUUAUACCACAUACCUCAACAAAUAUUAGCGCCUAUCUACUACCCAGUGUACAUACUGUUGUGAUUGGACCAGGAUUAGGCAGAUCAACAGAGGGAUUAAAUCUGGCUUAUGAAGUAAUAAAGAUUUGUAAAAAGAUGCAAAAGCCUUUAGUCAUUGAUGCCGAUGGGUUGUACGCAAUAUAUAAAGAUGUGCAAAUACUCAAAGAUUACCCGAGCCCUGGUGCAAUUUUAACACCUAAUAAUGCAGAAGUGAAAAGGUUAAAACAGUCUGUCCCUGAAACAGAUACACCGUGGUAUAAAUAUUGGGGUGACCAUGUAACUGUUUUACAAAAGGGUGAACAAGAUAUGUAUUUUUCAAACACUGGUGAAUUUGAUUGGUCGAUUUCUGAAGGUGGUUCCGGUAGAAGAGCUGGUGGACAAGGGGAUAUUCUAGCAGGAGCGUUAGGAACAUUCUAUAAUUGGGGCCUGAAUGCCAAUAUCUGUGAAACCAAUAAAUCCACACAACUGGCACAAAGUGUGGCGGCCUACGCAGCAGCAAAGUUCACAAGAACUUGUAACUCAAAAGCUUAUAAAAUAUAUGGCAGGAGUAUGAUUGCUUCGAAUAUGUUAAAUGAAAUACAUUCAGCAUUUGAUGAUUUAUUCUUAUAAUAAAAAACAACUAUUGUAUUAAAUGUCAGUUAU